UUUGUUUUGACUAAACAAUGACAAGUAUGCAACCGACAAGACCGAUCAUCAACCUUUUUUUGUUGUUAAAUAUUUUUGUAAUCAUCAUGAGUCUUCCAUUGAGUGGCAAAAUUGCAUUGAUUAUCGGUGCUGGAAGUGGGAUUGGUAGAGCUGCUUGUCGAUUGUUAAAUCGUGAUGGUGCUACCAUUGUUGCUGCUGAUCGAAAUGCCGAAGCAGCAAAAGACGUGGCCAAUUCGUUAAGUGGAGACAAUCAAUUUAUUGAAUUGGAAGUCUCAAAUAAACAAAGCAUUCAAAAUGGCCUUCAAAAUAUUCUCAACAAAUUCGAUGCACCACCAACAAUUAUUGUGAACGCAGCCGGAAUAAUCAGAGAUAAUUUCAUUUUAAAAUUAGAUGAAGACUAUUUUGAUGAUGUCAUUCGGGUCAAUUUAAAGGGAACAUUUCUAAUUAUGCAAAGCUGUGCAAAUGCAAUGGUAGAGAAAAAUGUAAGCAAUGGAACAAUUAUCAAUAUCGGUAGUAUCGUUAGUAAGAUGGGAAAUAUCGGCCAAGCGAAUUAUGUGUCGAGCAAAGCAGGCGUUGAAGCGAUAACGAAAACAGCAUCAAAAGAAUUUGGUAAAUUUGGUAUUCGAGUAAAUUGUAUUUUGCCCGGAUUCAUAAAUACACCAAUGACUGAAUCGGUGCCACAAAAAGUUAAAGACAUUAUGACCAUGCAGUGUGCAUUAAGACGUUUUGGUAAGCCGGACGAAGUAGCUGAAGUAAUUGCAUUUUUAGCAUCGGAUAAAAGUUCCUAUGUAAACGGUGCUUCAAUUGAGGUCACUGGUGGCCUUUAAUAAAUUGUUUUUAUUGCAAAAAGUAAAUAAAUGUUACAUGGGUUUCGGAUGUGGUUGAUUUUACA